AUGAAGUCACUCCUAUUUUCAAUUGCCUUUCUUUUCACCAUAACAUUCUUAUUCAAACAUUGUUCAUCCCAAAUCCAACCAGGAGACAAUAAAACCUUCCUAGAUGGCCAUAACGCUGCUCGUCGCGAAGUCGGGGUUGAUCCAUAUACAUGGGACAAAAAGCUUGAAGCCUAUGCACAAGACUUUGCUAACAAGAGAAAAUCAAGCUGUUCAACAGACUUGAGUUCAAAGAUUCCAUAUGGUAUAAACCUAGGUUUAGGUUAUGGUUCCUUGAGUAGUUUUCAAACGAUUGAUAGAUGGGUUAGUCAAAAGUCCGAUUAUAACUACACAUCAAAUUCUUGUGCCAAAGGUAAAGAUUGUUCGGCUUAUACACAAGUUGUUUGGCGUAAAUCGGUUCGUCUUGGUUGUGGUAGUGUUGCUUGUGGCAUUGGAUGGCCUUUAUUUGUAUGUGUUUAUGAUCCUAAGGGAAACAUCCCUGGUGAAAAACCUUAUUAA